CAACACUAUUAAUGUUGUCUUGAAGUUAAUCAGGUAAAUGUUUAUUAAAGUAUCGUUAAUUGUAAAAAGUUAUUUUAUGUACGACUUAACAACAUUGACUUCCGGUUGACUAUUGUGAAUCAAAAAGUGAAAGUAAACAUAUGAAGUAAACAUGAAAUCAACACCUUGAUAAUUUUUUGUUGGUUUAUACCUUUAAGGCCAAUAUGGUUUUGCCAAGAUACACACCUGCUCUAAAUCCUGAAAUUUUAUCAAAAAAUGAGCUAAUUAACAGAUACUUUCGACAAGGAUACACCAACAAGGAGAUUUCACAACUGUUGUUAGCAGUUCAUAGAAUAAGAAUAAGCGAACCACAUUUGAAAAGAAUGUUCAGAAACCAAGGUUUGAAGCGACGCACUGACAACAUUGACAUUUAUAAUACCAUAAAUGCAAUUUUAGAUGUUACAGAAAACAGCGGGCAAUGUCUUGGGUACCGAACAAUUUGGAAACGUUUGAUUACCGACUGUGGUUUAGUAAUUCAACGGGAUAAAGUCAUGGAACUUAUGCGUGUAAUAGACCCAGAUGGAGUAGAAAGACGGAAACAGAAACGAUUACUUAGGCGUCAGUACGCUGCACCUGGACCAAAUUUUGUUUAGCAUAUCGACGGAUAUGAUAAAUUAAAACCGUUCGGGUUUGCUAUUCAUGGAGCAAUAGAUGGAUUUUCCAGGAGAAUUAUGUGGCUUGAAGUGGGACCUAGCAACAACAGCCCUAAAAUUGUUUCAAGAUAUUUUUUAGAAACCAUACAACAGUUAGGAGGCUGUCCAAAUAUAUGUAGAUGUGAUCUCGGAACAGAAAACAAGGAGCUGGAAGAAAUACAAGUAUUACUACACACCCUUAAUGACCAGGAAUAUGAAAACUGUUUCAUAUACGGGAGAAGCACCUCUAAUCAACGAAUUGAGGCUUGGUGGAGCAUUUUACGCCGACAAGCUGCAGACUGGUGGAUCACAUUUUUUAAAGAUUUACGAGAUGCAAACCUCUUCAAUGAUGGUGACCUUUUGCAGAUCGACUGUUUAAGGUACUGCUUUAUGGACCUUCUGCAAGAGGAAUUACAUCGAAUCGUAAUACAGUGGAACCAACACAGAAUACAGGUCAAAAAACAAUGCUGCAGUCCUAAAGGAAAACCUGAUGUCUUAUUCUUCACCCCAGAACCAUAUGGGGCUCGAGAUUUUAAAGUCAAUUGCAGUGCCGAUGAUAUACGGAACUGUUUUGAAAACUUUGGUGCCGAGAGACCAAUACAUGGUUGUUCUACAGAUUUUUUAGAACUGGCAAACUUGAUUCUGCCAAAUCAUCAAAGACCAUCAAAUGUAAAUGAAGCAUGUAAUCUGUAUGCCCAGUUUAUAACAAUGUUCAAUCAAUAUGAUGGCUAGUUCCUGUCAUAAUGGCAAAUUUAUUUCUGUCAUGUGAAUAUGCUUAAAUUCUGAUACUCCUGCAGACAAUACUAUUAAAAAUAAUUUUGA